GGAGUGAACACUAUGGACCGGCGACGAGAACAGGAUGAGAGUGGACCAGCAGAACUCAGAGGUUCCCAGAGGUCCAUCUGCCCAGCAGCAUCAAACCCACCUGGACUCCAUAUUUAUGCUGCUGGAGGACAACAUUGUCACUUUUGUGAAGAAGGAGCUGAAGAAGAUCCAGAAGGUUCUGAGUCCAGAUGACCCAGACUGCUCAGAGAGUCAGAGAGAUGAUGAGGAGGUGCUGGAAGGUGAGGAUGAAGAGCAGAGAAGGAGCAGCAGAGAGGCACUGAUGAAGAUCACUCUGAACUUCCUGAGGAGAAUGAAGCAGGAGGAGCUGGCUGACCGUCUGCAGAGCAAACAUUUUGCUGCCGUUUGUCAACCUAAACUUAAAUCUGGUCUGAAGAAGAAGUUCCAGUGUGUGUUUGAGGGGAUCGCUAAAGCAGGAAGUCCAACCCUUCUGAACCAGAUCUACACAGAGCUCUACAUCACAGAGGGAGGGACUGGAGAGGUCAAUGAUGAACAUGAGGUCAGACAGAUUGAAACAGCAUCCAGGAAACCACACAGACCAGAAACAACCAUCAGACAAGAAGACAUCUUUAAAGUCCCACCUGGAAGAGAUCAACCAAUCAGAACAGUGAUGACAAAGGGAGUGGCUGGCAUUGGGAAAACAGUCUUAACCCAGAAGUUCACUCUGGACUGGGCUGAAGGCAAAGCCCACCAGAACAUCCACUUCAUAUUUCCAUUCACCUUCAGAGAGCUGAAUGUGCUGAAAGAGAAAAAGUUCAGCUUGGUGGACCUUGUUCAUCACUUCUUUACUGAAACCAAAGAAAUCUGCAGCUUUGAACACUUCCAGGUUCUGUUCAUCUUUGAUGGUCUGGAUGAGAGUCGACUUCCUCUGGACUUCCAGAACCAGGAGAUCCUGACUGAUGCUACAGAGUCCACCUCAGUGGAUGUUCUGCUGACAAACCUCAUCAGGGGGAAACUGCUUCCCUCUGCUCGCCUCUGGAUAACCACACGACCUGCAGCAGCCAAUCAGAUCCCUCCUGAGUGUGUUGGCAUGGUGACAGAGGUCAGAGGGUUCACUGACCCACAGAAGGAGGAGUACUUCAGAAAGAGAUGCAGAGAUGAGGAGCAGGCCAGGAGGAUCAUCUCCCACAUGAAGACAUCAAGAAGCCUCCACAUCAUGUGCCACAUCCCAGUCUUCUGCUGGAUCACUGCUACAGUUCUGGAGGACGUGUUGGAGACCAGAGAGGGAGGAGAGCUGCCCAGCACCCUGACUGAGAUGUACAUCCACUUCCUGGUGGUUCAUACCAAAGUGAAGAAGGUCAAGUAUAAUGGAGGAGCUGAAACAGAUCCACACUGGAGUCCAGAGAGCAGGAAGAUGAUUGAGUCUCUGGGAAAACUGGCUUUUAAUCAGCUGCAGAAAGGAAACCUGAUCUUCUAUGAAUCAGACCUGACAGAGUGUGGCAUCGAUAUCAGAGCAGCCUCAGUGUACUCAGGAGUGUUCACACAGAUCUUUAGAGAGGAGAGAGGGCUGUACCAGGACAAGGUGUUCUGCUUCGUCCAUCUGAGUGUUCAGGAGUUUCUGGCUGCUCUUCAUGUUCAUCUUACCUUCAUCAACUCUGGUGUAAACCUGAUGGAUGAAACACAAUCAAUAUCUAAGAGGAUUUUAGGCCUCCUAUUUUUUAGGAGGCCUAAAUUGAAGUUUCAUCAGAGAGCUGUUGAUCAGGCCUUACAGAGUCCAAAUGGAUACCUGGACUUGUUCCUCCGGUUCCUCCUGGGACUUUCACUGCUGACCAAUCAGAGACUCCUACAAGGUCUGCUGACACAGACAGGAAGUAGCUCACAGACCAAUCAGGAAACAGUUCAGUACAUCAAGGAGCAGAUCAGUGAGAAUGUGUCUGCAGAGAAAAGCAUCAAUCUGUUCCACUGUCUGAAUGAACUGAAGGAUCGUUCUCUAGUGGAGGAGCUCCAACAGUCUCUGAGUUCAGGAAGUCUCUCUUCAGAUAAACUGUCUCCUGCUCAGUGGUCAGCUCUGGGUUUCAUCUUAGUGUCAUCAGCAGAAGAUCUGGAUGUGUUUGACCUGAAGAAAUACUCUGCUUCAGAGGAGGUUCUCCUGAGGCUGCUGCCAGUGGUUAAAGCCUCCAACAAAGCUCUACUGAGUGGCUGUAACCUCUCAGAGAGAAGCUGUGAAGCUCUGUCCUCAGUUCUCAGCUCCCAGUCCUCCAGUCUCAGAGAACUGGACCUGAGUAACAACAACCUGCAGGAUUCAGGAGUGAAGCUUCUCUCUCAUGGACUGGAGAGUCCACACUGCAGACUGCAGUCUCUCAGUCUGAGUGGCUGUAACCUCUCAGAGAAAAGCUGUGAAGCUCUGUCCUCAGUUCUCAGCUCCCAGUCCUCCAGUCUCAGAGAACUGGACCUGAGUAACAACAACCUGCAGGAUUCAGGAGUGAAGCUUCUCUCUGCUGGACUGGAGAGUCCAAACUGCAGACUGGAAACUCUCAGCUUGUCAGGCUGUCUGGUCUCAGACGACGGCUGUGCUUCUCUGGCUUCGGCUCUGACCUCCAACCCCGCCCAUCUGAAAGAGUUGGACCUGAGCUACAAUCAUCCAGGAGACUCUGGAGUAAAGCUGCUGUCGGCUGGACUGAAGGAUCCACCCUGGAGACUGGAAACUCUUGGACUGAGUGGCUGUGAACUCUCAGAGAGAAGCUGUGAAGCUCUGUCCUCAGUUCUCAGCUCCCAGUCCUCCAGUCUCAGAGAACUGGACCUGAGUAACAACAACCUGCAGGAUUCAGGAGUGAAGCUUCUCUCUGCUGGACUGGAGAGUCCAAACUGCAAACUGGAAACUCUCAACUUGUCAGGCUGUCUGGUCUCAAAGGAAGGCUGUGCUUCUCUGAUCUCAGCUCUGAGGUCCAACCCCUCCUGUUUGAAAAAGUUGGACCUGAGCUACAAUCAUCCAGGAGACUCAGGUGUAAAGCUGCUGUCGGCUGGACUGAGGGAUCCACUCUGGAGACUGGAAGCUCUCAGGGUGGAGCCUGCUGGAGAACGAUGGUUGACACCAGGUCUGAGGAAGUAUUCCUGUCAACUCACAAUCGACACAAACACAGUGAACAGAGAACUCAAACUAUCUGAAGACAACAGGACGGUGACAUAUGUGAAGGAGCUUCAGUCAUAUUCUGAUCAUGGUGAAAGAUUUGGUGUUCCUCAGCUGCUGUGUAGAACUGGUCUGACUGGUCGCUGUUACUGGGAGGUCGAGUGGAGAGGAGAUGUUUAUAUAUCAGUGAGUUACAGAAGAAUCAAGAGGAAAGGAGGUAGUGAAGACUGUUGGUUUGGACUCAAUGAUCAUUCCUGGACUCUGAGCUGCUUUGAUGAUGGUUACUCUGUCUGGCACAAUAACAGCCGGACACCCAUCUCCUCCUCCUCCUCCUCCUCCUCCUCCUCCUCCGUCACCAACAGAGUAGCAGUGUAUGUGGACCAUCCUGCUGGCAUCAUCUCCUUCUACAGAGUCUCCUCUGACUCACUGAUCCACCUCCAUACCUUCAACACCACAUUCACUGAACAUCUGCUUCCUGGCUUUGGGUUCUGGUCCAGUUCUGGUUCCUCAGUGUUUUUGUGCAGAAUUGAGUCUAGAGAGUCUCCUCCUGUCAGAGAAAGCCUCUCCCUGUGGAUGGAAAAUUACAGCUUGGGUUCUGAAGUCACCUCUGACCUAGCUAAAACAUGUGAGCAGCUGCAAAACGGAGGACACGAGAAGUGCCUGCUAUUGGCUCAACUCUUCCCUUGUCUGCCAAGGUGUUCGGUGUUGGGCAAGUGGGCGGAGCCCACACACCUGCGGACGGUUGAGCAGCACCAGACUUCUCCAUUAAACAGCACACUGACAGCGGGAAGAUGCCAGAGUGUUACCAUCGUGGUUCCCCUGUGCUUCCGACAUCCUCCUCCUGUAUCAAACACCUCCAAGUCCUUCACUCGUGUCAGCUACUCACCUGAGCUCCUCUGGGUUCCUCUUGAGUCAAUUCCUCAUCCACGGAUCCUGCCUCCUUCGGACAUCUACUCGUCUCUCCCGCUGUCCUGGAUCCUCGGAUUCUCCGGUGCUGCUCGGACCCGUUCUCGCCCCCACUCUCUGGUCUCUCGGACACCUGUGGUUCCACCACCAACCAAGCACUGA